GCGCCAAAUUAAGAAAACACAGCCCGUGUCAGUGUCAGUGACAGAAAGAAACUAGACGAUAAACCUGCGAAACACUGUCAAAUGCAGCUCUACUUGUAUAUUUCUUAGAACCCAGGGGGAGUUAGGUGUUAGGUUUUCUCACAGUGCUGUAGCCGGAACACGGAGAUAGAAGAUGGUUCUGCAAAACAGUGGACGGUACAGAGCGGACCGAGGACAAAGUGGAGGAGACCAGGAAAACCAGGAUGAUGGCUCCUCGAUGUCGGCUCUCAAGCGGCUGGAGCGCAGCCAGUUCACCGACGAGAUCGACGCUCGCUUCGGCUUCGACAGGAUGAAGGAGCCGGGCGAGAAAACAGGCUGGUUGAUCAACAUGCACCCUGCAGAGAUCCUGGAUGAAGACAAGAGGAUGAUCAGUGCCGUGGAUUAUUAUUUCAUACAGGAGGAUGGAAACAGGUUCAAGGUGGCUCUUCCAUUCAAGCCAUAUUUUUACAUUGCUACUAAAAAGAACUGCGAGAGAGAAGUCAUCUCGUAUUUGUCAAGGAAGUUUCAAGGGAAAGUGGCAAAGCUUGAAAUUCUCCCAAAAGAGGAUCUGGACCUGCCGAACCAUCUGGUCGGCCUGAAGAGAAGCUACAUCAAGCUGUCAUUCAACACCGUGGACGACCUGGUCAAGGUAAAACGUGAGAUUUCCCCGGCUGUGCGCAAGAACAGAGAGCGGGAGCAGUCCAACGACACCUACACCUCGAUGUUAUCAAGCGCCUUAUCAGGUGGAAACGUGACCUCAGCAGAAGAAGACGGGAUGUCAAAGAGCAUUUCAGAUCAGUUGGACAACAUCGUGGACAUGAGAGAGUAUGACGUGCCUUAUCACGUACGAGUGUCCAUCGACCUCAAGAUCCAUGUGGCUCACUGGUACAAUGUUCGAUACCGAGGCAGCGCUUACCUGCCAGAGAUCGUACGAAGAGACGAUCUCGUGGAGCGACCGGACCCUGUUGUUUUGGCGUUUGACAUCGAGACCACCAAACUACCGCUGAAAUUCCCCGACGCAGAGACGGAUCAAAUCAUGAUGAUCUCCUACAUGAUCGAUGGACAAGGCUUCCUGAUCACUAACAGAGAGAUCGUCUCUGAGAACAUUGAGGAUUUUGAGUUCACUCCCAAACCUGAAUAUGAGGGGCCCUUCACGGUCUUCAAUGAGGAUGAUGAGGCUGCACUCAUUCAAAGGUGGUUUGAUCACGUUCAGGAAACAAAACCAAACAUCUUUGUGACCUACAACGGAGACUUCUUUGAUUGGCCUUUCAUUGAGACCCGGGCUGCCCUCCAUGGGCUGAACAUGCACAGAGAGAUUGGUUUCCAGAAGGAUAAUCAGGGGGAGUACAAGUCUAGUCAAGCCAUCCACAUGGACUGCUUAAGGUGGGUAAAGAGAGACAGCUACCUGCCGGUGGGAAGUCACAAUCUGAAGGCAGCAGCGAAGGCUAAACUUAGCUACGACCCAGUGGAGCUGGAUCCAGAGGAGAUGUGCCGCAUGGCAACAGAGGAGCCACAGACGUUGGCAACCUACUCCGUGUCCGAUGCUGUGGCCACAUAUUACCUGUACAUGAAAUAUGUUCACCCCUUCAUCUUCGCUCUGUGCACCAUCAUCCCCAUGGAGCCUGAUGAGGUGCUGCGUAAAGGUUCUGGGACUCUGUGUGAAGCCUUGCUUAUGGUGCAGGCUUUCCACGCCAACAUCGUCUUCCCCAACAAGCAGGAGCAGGUUUUCAACAAACUGACCAAUGACGGCCACGUCAUGGACUCCGAGACCUACGUGGGCGGCCACGUGGAGGCGCUGGAGUCCGGAGUGUUUCGCAGUGACAUCCCCUGUCGUUUUAAAAUGAACCCAGCCGCCUUCGACUUCCUCUUGCAAAGAGUUGAGAGAACGAUGCGUCACGCUGUUGAGGAAGAGGAGGGCAUCCCUUUGGAGCAAGUCACCAACUUUAAUGAGGUUUGUGAUGAAAUCAAAAAGAAGCUGAUCUCACUGAAGGAGGUUCCAAACAGGAUCGAAUGCCCCCUCAUCUACCAUCUGGACGUUGGGGCCAUGUACCCCAACAUCAUUCUCACCAACCGCCUGCAGCCGUCGGCUAUGGUUGAUGAGGCCACCUGCGCCGCCUGUGACUUUAACAAACCCGGCGCCCACUGCCAGAGGAGGAUGGCCUGGCAAUGGAGAGGGGAAAUCAUGCCUGCCAGUCGCAGCGAGUUCCACCGCAUCCAGCAGCAGCUCGAGUCUGAGAAGUUCCCUCCGUUUUUCCCCAACGGUCCGCCUCGAGCUUUCCACACUCUCAACAGGGAGGAGCAGGCCAAGCAUGAGAAGAAACGUCUGGCAGACUAUUGUAAGAAGGCCUACAAGAAGACGCACGUCACCAGGCUGGAGGAGCGAGUUACCACCAUCUGUCAGAGAGAAAACUCCUUCUACGUCGACACCGUCAGAGCCUUCAGAGAUCGGCGCUACGAAUUCAAAGGACUUCACAAAGUGUGGAAGAAGAAACUGUCGUCAGCUCAGGACAGUGGAGACGCUGCUGAGGUGAAGCGCUGCAAAAACAUGGAGAUCCUGUACGAGUCUCUCCAGCUGGCUCACAAGUGCAUCCUUAACUCGUUCUACGGCUAUGUCAUGAGGAAAGGGGCGCGCUGGUACUCCAUGGAGAUGGCCGGUAUCGUGUGCUUCACCGGAGCCAACAUCAUCACUCAGGCCAGAGAGCUCAUCGAACAAAUAGGGAGGCCUCUCGAGUUGGACACUGACGGUAUCUGGUGUGUCCUCCCCAACACGUUUCCUGAGAACUAUGUGGUAAAGACCAGUAAUGAGAAGAAGCCCAAGGUGACCAUCUCCUACCCGGGGGCCAUGCUGAACAUCAUGGUGAAGGAGGGAUUCACCAACGACCAGUACCACGAGCUGGUCGACCCGUCGUCUCUCACUUACAACGUCCGGGCAGAGAACAGCAUCUUCUUUGAGGUGGAUGGGCCGUACCUGGCCAUGAUCCUGCCGGCCUCCAAAGAGGAAGGGAAGAAGCUGAAGAAGAGGUACGCCGUGUUUAACGAGGAUGGCUCUCUGGCUGAGCUGAAGGGUUUCGAAGUGAAAAGGAGAGGAGAGCUACAGCUCAUCAAGAUCUUUCAGUCGUCUGUGUUCGAGGCUUUCCUCAAAGGUACCACCCUGGAGGAGGUCUACGCAUCUGUGGCCAAGGUGGCCGACUACUGGCUGGAUGUGCUGUACAGCAAGGCCGCCAACAUGCCAGACGCAGAGCUGUUUGAACUGAUUUCAGAGAAUCGUUCAAUGUCCAGAAGGCUGGAGGACUACGGAGAGCAGAAGUCCACGUCCAUCAGCACAGCCAAGAGACUGGCUGAGUUCCUGGGAGACCAGAUGGUGAAGGAUGCUGGUCUGAGCUGUCGCUAUGUCAUCUCCCGGAAACCAGAGGGUUCCCCCGUCACAGAAAGGGCCAUUCCUCUGGCCAUCUUCCAGGCAGAGCCCAGUGUCAAGAAACAUUUCCUUCGUAAGUGGUUGAAGAUGCCCAGCCUCCAUGACUUGGACAUUCGCUCUAUUCUUGAUUGGAGCUAUUACAUAGAGAGGUUGGGUAGUGCGAUCCAGAAGAUCAUCACCAUUCCUGCCGCGCUGCAACAAGUGAAGAAUCCGGUUCCCAGAGUGCGUCAUCCCGACUGGCUCCACAAAAAACUCCUGGAGAAAAAUGAUAUCUACAAGCAAAAGAAAAUCAGCGAACUGUUUACUAGUGAGGGAAAGAGACAAGUGGCCCACCAGCCCCUUGAAGCAGGACAAACUGCUGACAUUGAGGACUUUGGGAUGCCAGCCAAACCCCUGCAGCCGGCCAUUCUCAUCAGCACCAAGCGGAAGCGGGCUUCGCAGGGCGACGACAGCCAGGUCGAGUCCCAAGAUCUCGAGCUCACGCAGUCCUGGAGAGAGAUCCUGGGGCCGCCCCCGCCUAUGGGAAAGACACGGGAGGAGCGUCUAGUGUGGCUGCGGUACCAUAAGAAGAAGUGGGAGCUGCAGCUGAGGCAGAGGAAGGAGAGGAAGAAGAGGAGGAGGCUGCUGGAUGGUGAAGCUCAGCCUGUCGGAGGAGGACUGAUCAGAGAUGGUCCAACCACAGGCCUGGGAAGCUUCCUUCGCAGAACAGCACGCAGCAUCCUGGACAUGCCGUGGCAAAUUGUGCAGAUUGCAGAAACAAGUCACCCUGGUCUGUAUAAGCUUUGGGCCGUGAUUGGAAACGACCUCCACUGCAUGAAACUCAACAUCCCACGUGUCUUUUAUGUCAAUCAGAAAGUCCCAAAGCAGGAGGAGGGAGCCACGUACAAAAAGGUUAACCGCAUGCUUCCUCGCUCCAACAUGGUGUACUACCUUUACGAGUACUGUGUACCAGAGGACAUGUACCAGGAACACAUCAAUGAGAUCAACGCCGACCUCUCUGCACCAGACAUCGAAGGAGUCUAUGAGACGCAGGUGCCCUUGCUGUUUCGAGCUCUGGUGCAGCUGGGAUGUGUGUGCAUGGUGAAUAAACAUGUUGUGAGGGAUCUGGCAGGCAGGGAGGCAGACACGUUCGAUCUGGACCAUCUGGAGAUGAGGUCUCUGGCCCAGUUCAGCUACCUGGAACCUGGGAGCGUUCGACACAUGUACUUGUAUCAUCACAGCCAGGGCCACAAAGCUCUGUUCGGUCUGUUCAUCCCCUCUCAGCGCAAAGCCAGCAUUUUUGUCCUGGACACAGUUCGAAGCAACCAGAUGCCCAAUCUGAGUAACGUCUACACAGCCGAGCGCACCGCCCUCCUGGAGAAGACCACAGAGGAUCUUCUGCCUCCAGAAAAGCACAACUUUGAGGUCCGGGCUGAAAACGACAUGAAAGCUAUCUCCCGUGCACUGCAACGCAUUCUGCUGAACUACAAGGAGGAGCGACGCGGACCCACCCUCAUCGCUGUGCAGUCAAACUGGGAGCUGCGGCGACUGGCGGCAGGGAUGCCGGUGCUGGAGGAGUUCCCUGUCGUUCCCGUGCACGUGAUUGAUGAGAUCAGCUACAACGUGCUCGACUGGCAACGCCAUGGUGCACGGCGCAUGAUCCGCCACUACCUCAACCUGGACAGCUGCUUGUCACAGGCUUUUGACAUGGCCAGGUAUUACCACUUACCCGUGGGAAACUUGCCUCAGGACGUGUCCAUCUUUGGCUCAGAUUUGUUCCUGGCGAGACAUCUGCGUAAGCACAACCACCUGUUGUGGCUUUCACCCACAGCCAGGCCCGACCUCGGAGGAAAAGAGGCCGACGACAGUCGCCUGGUCAUGGAAAGCGAUGACAGGACCUCUGUGGAGAUCAACUCUCAGGGAUGUUAUUCCACAGUUUGUGUGGAGCUGGACCUGCAGAGCCUGGCCGUGAACACCAUCCUGCAGUCGCAGCACGUCAAUGACAUGGAGGGCGGAGCCAGUCUGGGCGUCAGUUUCGACGUGAUCCAGCAGGCCUCGCUGGAGGACAUGAUGUCAGGAAACCAGGGGGCCAGCGCUCACGCCAGCUACGACGAGACUGCUCUGUGCUCCAACACCUUCAGGAUCUUAAAGAGCAUGGUGGUCGGAUGGGUCAGGGAGAUCACGCAGUACCACAACGUGUACGCAGACAACCAGGUGAUGCACUUCUACCGCUGGCUGCGCUCUCCCAGCUCCCUGCUCUACGACCCUGCACUGCACCGCACCCUGCACAACAUGAUGAAGAAGGUGUUCCUGCAGUUGGUCGCGGAAUUCAAACGUCUGGGCUCCACUGUGGUGUAUGGGAACUUCAACAGGAUCAUCUUAUGCACUAAAAAGCGGAGGAUCGACGACGCCAUUGGCUACGUUGAGUACAUCACCAACAGCAUACACUCAAGAGAAAUCUUCCACUCUCUGUCGAUCUCCUUCUCGCGAUGCUGGGAGUUCCUGAUGUGGAUGGACCCGGCCAACUUUGGCGGUGUGAAGGGCAAACUGCCCUCUAGCAUCUUGUACGGAGAGGAAGGCGCCAACCAGAAGCAAAAAACACGAGGGGAGGGAGACGAGGAAGGAAGCGAGGACGAAGACGAAGAGGAUGUCGAGGAAGACGAUGGAGACGGACAGACGGAUGAGGUGGAGGAGCUGAUAGAAAGCAACUGGAAUAUCAUGCAGUAUCUUCCUCAAACGGCCUCCUGUCAGAAAUACUUCCUCAUGAUUGUCUCAGCCUACAUUGCAGCAGUUUACCACAGCAUGAAGGAGGAGCUGAGACGUAACACUCCCGGGGCGACGCCAGUCAAGAGACGCGGCGGCAGCCAGGCUUCUCAGCAGGCGGCCGGGGACUUGAGUGCACUUCCUGGAAUGAUCUCCUUCUCCCAGGAGUACGUGUCCAGCGAGCUCACGCAGAACUUUUUCACCAUCACUCAGAAAAUCCAGAAAAAGGUGACGGGCACCAAGAGCGUGACCCAGGCCUCUGAGAUGUUUCCCCUCCUGCCUGGUUCCCACCUGCCCCUAAACAACCCAGCCCUGGAGUUUGUCAAAUAUGUCUGCCAGAUUCUUUCGCUCGAUGCCAACAUUGUGAAUCAGGUGAACAAGCUGAAGAGAGACCUCCUGCGUCUCGUGGAUGUUGGGGAGUUCUCGGAGGAAGCCCAGUUCCAUGACCCCUGUAACUCCUACAUCCUGCCAGAAGUUAUCUGCCACCACUGCAACUUCUGUCGUGACCUGGACCUCUGCAAGGACCCGUCAGUGGCACAGGAUGGGUCCGUCUUGCCUCAGUGGUUCUGCUCCAACUGCAAGGCGCAGUAUGAGACUGACUCUAUUGAGAUGGCUCUGGUAGAAGCUUUGCAAAAGAAGCUGAUGAGCUACACACUGCAGGACCUGAUGUGUACCAAAUGUAAAGGCGUGAAGGAAGCUAACAUGCCCCUCUACUGCACAUGUGCUGGAGACUUUGACCUCACUUUCUCAGCCAAGAGCUUCUCUGAGCAGAUCACAGUGUUUCGGAACAUUGCGUCCCACUACAACAUGCGCUACCUGGAGGAGACCAUCGACUGGUUGCUUGCCAUGAGCCCUUCGAUCAGCCAGAGCUCUCACUAAAUGAAACCUCGGCUGCAGCUGCGGAAACUCAAAAUUAAAGUGUCAGUGCUGAAACUUUCACAUUGACGCACAUCAUCAGCCUUUGGACUUCUCUGUGACACUGUUUCUGUGCCGUGUAAUCGGGCGUGCUCUGUAGAUAUGUUUUACUCUCGCAUUGCAUCCAUGUCUGUGUAUGAAUUUCAGAUUUUCACUUGUAAUAAAUAUUUUCUUCCAAA